AUGUACAUCACCCUCUACUACAUAGUCACCCGUCUCCCUGACUCUCUCCGCGUAGUCAGGGACCACUUCCUCUCAGUUUUCCGCACCACUCUAACCGCUGACCUCCUCGAGAAGGGCCUCCUAGCAGCAGAGAAGAGCAUAGUCGCUGUAGGAACCUCUCGUGGUGACCCUCGCAACCCCGUCUUUGAGGGGUGUUCCCCCUCCCCCCUCCUGCCCUCUGUUGCUUCUUCUGCUGCUGCCGACCUCGUUGGUUUCUCCGGGGUCGGCGCUGCGUCUGCCCCUGGCGGGAGAUGUCGCACCGGCAAGGGCAAGGGGGGCAAGGGCGCUGGAGGGGCUAGCGGGGGCGGUGGAGGUGGUGGUGGAGGCAGUGGAGGGGGUGGGGGUGGUCGUGGGAGUGGUGGCGGGGGUGGCGGCGGUGGUGGCAGCAGUGGAGACGGAGGAGGCGGCGGUGGCGGCGGAGGGAGCGGAGGCGGCGGAGGUGGCGGAGGCGGCGGUGGCGGAGGCGGCGGGGGCGGUGGUGGCGGCGGCGGUGGAGCUGGUCGCGACUCUGCGCAGAGGAGUGGGUCUGGUGGUGGUCACCGCCAGCAGCAGCAGCGCGGUCGUGAGACCCUUACCCCUCAGCAGCUUCGUAGUGGUACGCUGCGCGUCAGCGCGUGCGGGGGCCCGGACUCCACCCAGCGCUGCUUCGGCCGCUUGAUGGACGCGUGGCGUCACCAGUUCCUUGAGGCGUCAGAGAUCCCGCGCUGGGGAGAUCUGUCUAGGGCGGGGGUUGCCAUCUUUGAUCUUGACUAUGAUGCUAUCCUUGCUGCCAUGUAUGCUGUGACUACUAGUGUUGAGGGUGACUAUUACCUGUGUGUACUGCCUGACCCGGGCAUUGAGGCUACUGCUCUAGGUGUUGGUGAGGCUGCUGCUCUAGGUGCUAGUGGGUUUGCUGCCCCAGGUGCUAGUGCGUCUGCUGCCCCAGGUGCUGGUGAGUCUGCUCUCUCAGGUACUACGUCGGCUCAGGCCUUACACACCUUCACCCUUGACUCGGGUGCGUCCCGCUCCUUCUUUCGAGACCGCACCACGCUUACGCCGCUUUGUCGGCCGGUUGCAGUCUCCCUGGCGGACCCCUCUGGGGGUCCUGACCUUGCUAGCUUCUCCACUCUCUUACCGUGCCUGGCAGCCCCCUCUGGCACCCUGUCAGGAUAA